AGCUCUGACAGAGAUGAUUGGCCAGUUAGGCGUUUCCGGGCUUUAAAGUGAGUUAGUGACACUGAUACUUGCAGCGAGGCGGAUUUCGAGAGAAUGGCUGCCGGUGGAGAUUUAGGCAAACUUUUACAGGUGCAAAAUGGAAUUCCUUCCCUCAUAAACUACAAUGGAGUGGACCCCCUCCACGCGUGCAGCGUUCUCCAGCAGCUGAAGUCGAUGUACGACGAGGGGCAGCUUGUUGAUAUUGUGGUUGAAGUGGAUCACGGGAAGACGUUUCCUUGUCACAGAAAUGUCCUUGCUGCAAUCAGUCCUUAUUUUAGAUCCAUGUUCACUAGUGGCCUUACGGAAACCACGCAGAAAGAAGUGAGGAUUGUUGGGGUUGACGCGGAAUCCAUGCAUCUCAUCCUUGACUAUGCAUAUACCUCCAGAGUCACGCUGUCGGAAGCCAACGUCCAGGCUUUAUUCACUGCAGCUAGCAUCUUCCAAAUACCUUCCUUGCAGGACCAGUGUGCUCAGUUUAUGAUCAGCCGCUUGGACCCCCAAAACUGUAUCGGGGUGUUCAUGUUUGCAGAUGCCUAUGGACAUCAGGAGUUGAAGGACAAAUCACAAGACUAUAUCCGAAAGAAAUUCCUCUGCGUGGUCAACGAGCAGGAGUUCCUCCAUUUAACUAAAGAGCAGCUGGUGUGCAUCCUCAGCAGCGACGACCUGAAUGUCGAGAAGGAGGAGCACGUCUUCGAAAGCAUCAUCCGCUGGUUUGAGUACGACCGCGACAAGAGAGAAAUGUACCUUGCAGAAGUAGUUGCCAAAUGCAUUCGCCUACCUCUACUCGAUGAGGCUUUUCUGAAGAAAAUUCCUCCAACGUUUGCACAGGCUUUGGCUCGGGACUCGGUGGACGCGGACAAGUCGGAGUCGAGCACCAACGGCUGCGCGCAGAGGCUUGGGAUGACGGCUUCUGAGAUGAUCAUCUGUUUUGAUGCAGCUCAUAAACACUCAGGAAAGAAGCAAACAGUGCCUUGUAUUGACACGGUGACGGGGAAAGUGUUUAAGCUAUGCAAACCCCCCAACGAUCUGAGGGAGGUUGGAAUUCUGGUGUCGUCCGAAAACGAUGUUUACAUUGCCGGGGGCUACAGGCCAAGCAACAGCGAGGUCUGCAUUGACCACAGAGCCGAGAACGACUUCUGGUUGUAUGAGCAUGCUGGAAACAAAUGGUUGCCCAAGUUCCCCAUGCUGAGAGCCCGAAUUGGAUGCAAACUCGUUCAUUGCUGCGGGAAGCUGUACGCUCUGGGGGGACGUGUCUACGAAGGAGACGGACGCAACGCGCUCAAAUCUGUGGAGUGCUACGAUGCCAGAGACAAUUGCUGGACGGCUGUUUCACCGAUGCCAGCUGCGAUGGAGUUCCACAGUGCAGUGGAAUACAAGGAUCAUAUCUACGUCUUACAAGGAGAAUAUUUCUUCUGCUACAACCCCCACAAGGACUACUGGGGUCAUUUGACCACAAUGAAUGUGCCUCGAACUCAAGGUCUUGCAGCGGUGUACAAGAAUUGCAUCUACUACAUUGCUGGAAUCGGCAGGAAUCAUCAGCGCAUGUUCACAGUGGAGGCCUACGAUCUUGAGCAGAACACGUGGAAUCGAAAGAAGGACCUACCUUUUGACCAGGCUACCAGCCCUUACAUCAAACUAAUAACACUCCAUGGAAAGCUGCAUUUAUUUGUCCGAGCUACUCAAGUCACCGUGGAGGAGCUCGUAUUCCGCACCAGUCGGAAAAAUUCUCUCUAUCAGUAUGAUGAAGACUUGGACCAGUGGAAAAAAGUGUACGAAACUCCAGAUAGGCUUUGGGAUCUUGGUCGCCAUUUCGAAUGUGUUGUGGCCAAACUUUACCCCCAGUGUCUUCUGAAGGUUAUAUGAGAUGCGGAUGCAAACAGGGUGGUGGGAGACUGUGCAUCAGUAAGCUCGGUGCUAUCACUUCUACGUGUGUGAAAUCGGCACAAGACCGCUGCAGUUUAUACGGAAGCAGAUGGGUGCUUUUAAAGCUUGCAGUAGCUGAACUGAUUAGGUUCCUACCGAAUUCAUAAGUGCAAUUACCAUUUUGUCUUCUAUGUAUGUUGAGCCAUUUUUGGAAGUUGUCGAUGGGGUCUCCCCCCAGUUUUGUCUACACAUGGACUUGCUGCUCAUUUUACCGUACGCCAUUGACUCUCCAGGGGGCUGCAUUCUCAUUCACUUCUUCGACAGCUCGGCCCACUUCACUGUGGAUUCCUGGUAUGUCUGUCUCUUCACCUCCUGCUUCUGCUGUGAUUGGGUCACAAGAAUACGUGAGAAGCAGUCCCAGCCUGCCUUUGAAGUGAUACGUUGGGGGCGUCCAUCGUGACUUCGGUUACGCUGAUGAACCACCACUUGUAGGCCGUGACACUUGGAACACUAACAAAGGCCGGAAUUUCAUGUUGCACAAUUUCUCGUACAUUUUAUGUCUGUUUUUUAUUUUAAUUUGGGCGAAUGCCCCCCCAACACCACCACCACCACCACCUCACAUGACAAAUUCCUGUACUGUUUUCAAAUGCAAUAUUUUCCACAUGUUCUCCAUUGUAUCUGUCAGGGCGUUGAGGUGACAUGGGUGUCCCUGCAUACUCAAAAGGGUCACAAGCUUGAUUUGAGCCUGUCAUGGACUGUCAGUCUAGUAGGGCAGCCGGGUGGCUUCUUUGUUUGUGUGUGUGUGUGUGUUUUAUUGCUAUUCUAACGUUCUUACUCAUCCAGGGUAUGCCGAGUGUGUACGUGAGCGAGGGGUGUGUGUGUGACGUCGUCUCAAUGAAGACGCCUUGUCUAGUGUAUCCCGUUCACUCCAUUUGUGUAUUCAUUUCCUUUUUAAGCUUUUUACUUGUGUGUAUUAUAUAUAAAAAAAAAAUUAGUAAUGCUGUAAUUCGGAGGACAACGAUUCCAAAGAUAGGUCGAGUUUGUGGUAUGUCAGCUCUGGACAAGAGUAUCAGCUUUAUAUCUCUGUUUCAUUCUUCACACGAAUGCCUUUUCCUGAAUAAGCAUGAAGGAAAUCUUCUUCUUCGAGAUUUUUGCCUUGUUUUAACCAACUGCAUUUUUGGUUUUCACAAAUCGCGUUGAGGCUAAAACUUGUGGGAGCUCGCGUGGCGCGAGAGGUUUGGUCAUCAGUCUUAUCUUAAUCCUGAUGUGGAGACGUCCGUUGGUGCGUCGGAGGAGGCUUGGCCUCGGCGUGCAGGUAAUGACGGACACCUUUGUCUUGUCUAGGGUGGCGACUCUGACUGAAGGUAGGACUUCUUCUGGUUGACUCUCCCAUAGUUGUCAGUGUUAACGAUUUCCAUGCCAGCCUGCUGUAUUUUCUUGGCGACUGCCAGAGCUUCCUCGUUGGGUUUUGAUUUUAGUCGACGUGAUGUGCCUACUGACAUGAGCUCCGUGAUUUCAGGCGAGUAGAAAGUGGUGUGUUGUGUUUAUUGUUCUUGUUUCAUUUUGUUUUUUUUAUUGUGUACCUUCAAAAACCUCAAAUCAUUUCAGAGCAGAAUAACCAAUAAGAUGUCUGACUGCACCCUUCUGGAAAUUGUAGAGUUGAAGAGUUUAUUUUAAUAAAAAGAAAGAAGUCUUGGGUGUGCUUAUAGAAAAUGUUGGUGCUGCUUUUAUGACAAUCUUUUAUAUUUGUGUCUAUAGGAGUAAAUGUUAACAGUCGUGUUGAUGGACAUGCUGAAGGGCGGGCGGGCGGGCGCGCUGUCGUGUAAGUAACGGUGACACUACUCGUCGGGGCGGCCGUGGAUCACUGUCUGUGGAGACCCUCGAUUUGCACUACACGUUCAUUGCUUCCCUAAAAACGCUAAGGGCCGUCAACAGCAAUAUCACUUUUUGCCUUUUAGCUUUUGCUUUUAUUAAGCAUCUUGAAAUGUGAAGAAGAAGAAGAAGCCAGUAGCAGCGUUACGACACAUUUUUGUUGUUUUUUUUUUCGUGGGCGAGGACCACCAGGGUCUUCAUCAGCAGACAGAGCUGAAGGUUUUGGGUUUUGCUCCGUAUUUGAUUUUUGCCUCAUCUGUGACACUCCACAUACGAUUCUCAGGAUUCUUUCAUUACGUAGUACUGUACGAAGCAAAGUUCUGAUCCGAGUGACGUUUUUCUUUUGUAUAUAAAUAGUUUGCUGUACUUGCACAUGUUUUAGGAUUUUUACCAAUUUGUUCCACUUGAAGCUUAGACGUGCAUUUUCUACUCUUUAUUACCAGAAGCGGACUUGUUUAGUUACGAGGAGACUGGCGAGGGAGGCUAACGAGUACGUAAAGAGCGACUCCUUUAUCUAGAGUAGUGCGACUUCGUUAGUUAGGUCGUUAGUUAGGUCAGUUCUGAACCUUAAUGACAUUUGAUGAGAAUUCUCUUUAGGACCCCCCACUUAAAUUUGACGUGAUUUAGUUUUGUUUGUUUUCCUCACUAACUCUCUGCUCACAGUUUACGAGUUUUAUGGUACGCGGGGGCGUUCAGGGCUUGCAGAUCCUUUCGAUUCCAGGGCUUCCUGCUAAACGUGGAGGAGUCGAGCGGAGGUUCAGCUCAACUGUGAAAAGUACAUUGCACAUUUGAAUUAUUCUUUCUUUUUUUCCCCCCUGGAUCUUAAAAUUCAAAGUCUUGCUUUUCUCCCCCCCCCCCCCCCCCCAUAGUAUUUUAUGUAUGUUUGUAUUUAUUUUGGAUGUGUGAAUAUUGUUGUAUUUGUAAUCUUUCUUUCAUUGAUAAACUGUGCAUGUUUGUUUGGACCGCAUUUGUUUUCUUUUAAACUAAAUAAAGUGCAGUCAUUCUCAAGAGUU